AUGGCCAUCAGGUGCGUAUCCCACUACCACCACCGCCAACAUCAUCCACCAGCCACCGCGGCAUCAUUGCCUGGCCGCAUGCUAACAUGAUGCUGGCGAUGCAGGUACAUGAUCCUGCUGUCCCGGCAGGGCAAGGUCGUAAGUCUCGGAAUCGUCGCACCGCCAGCAGCACUGUGUGUGCUAAACUCUCGCCUGGAAUAGCGCCUCGCAAAAUGGUUCACGACACUGUCGCCCAAGGAUAAGGCCAAGAUCAUCAAGGACGUCUCGCAGCUGGUGCUGGCUCGUCGCACGCGCAUGUGCAACUUCCUCGAGUACAAAGGUAUUUCCCUGCCUCAUCACACGCUGCUUGCGGUCACCCUCGAACCUCUCCUCCUCUCGAUCUGCUCCUCAUUCUGACUCUUGUCCUCCCUCAUCCAGACUCCAAAGUCGUCUAUCGCCGCUAUGCCUCGCUGUUCUUCAUCGCCGCCAUCGACCCGUCGGACAACGAGCUCAUCACCCUCGAAAUCGUCCAUCGAUACGUAGAGCAGAUGGACAAGUACUACGGCAACGUCUGCGAGCUCGACAUCAUCUUCAACUUCCAGAAAGCCUACUUCAUCCUCGACGAACUGCUCCUCGCCGGCGAGAUGCAAGAAAGCAGCAAGAAGAAUGUGCUCCGCGUGAUUGGCGCACAGGACAGUCUCGAGGAUAUGGAGGUAAGUGACACUGGAGCUGCAAAGCUACCUGCUCUUCCUCUUCACCCUCAUCAUGAUGAUCUCCAUCUGUAUCACCACCCGCUGAUGCCCUUGCCCGACUAGGUCGAGGACGAUGCUGUGACAAAGAUCGGCUGA